CAAGAAGUUUUCCUUUCCUUUAAACGUCACAAAACACCAAAAGCUUAUCCAACUGAGCCUGAAAAAAAUAGCAAAAAUCUCAUCGCAUACGCCGACGGUCUGCUAGCUUCCUCAGUAGUUGCUUCACUUAAGUGCGGCUGCGUAUGGCUAUUUCAAGUAUGGGUCCUGUCCUAUCUCGUUAUUUGAGAGCCCUGGAGUACAAAUUUAUUUUUAUACUGUCAAUUUUACAACGGAAUAACGAGUUAAAGACGAAGUGGAGGGGAGAAAGAGGGAAGCGAAAUAUUUUAUUUCACUUUGUUUGAGAUUUCUCCUAUCAUGAUUAUAGUGGUGAGAAGUCUGCCAACCCUCUUCAUUCCAAAUGCUUACCCACGUCACCUGACUCCUGGGCUUCGACCAGCUUCUGUGAGCAACAAUCUCAAAGCUCAACUUCGUCAGCCUAGCGUCACCUACUCACAUGACCUCUUGCAGUAUAAACAACCUGAUGCCCUCUUCAUUUUCUGACUUCUGCAACCUGGUCUCUCUGAAAAUCAAUCGAUAUCGGCAACGGUUGCGUUCUGCGGUGGUGUCAGCGGCGGCGCUCUGGUGGUGGUGGCGGUCUGCUCGUACCCUCGCACACACAACGACAACGACGACGACGGGUCAUCUCUCGACACCACACAUCUGUGCACAACUAUUUCGCUCAUUCUGCUGGUCCCAUCUAUACCCUCAUGAUCAUCACCAACACAGUUCAUUCCGUACGGGGAUUGUAACUGGAAACGUCCGUGGUUGAUAGAUGAUAGUUCUGUUUCGGCAUUUCCUUCCACGUCGACGUCUACACCAUAA